GAGAGCAAGUUAGAGAAGCAGAGAAAAGCGAGAGAUAUGGCUAUGUCCGCGUUAACCCGCUGUGUGCCAGCAAGUAGAAAAUCGACAAAAUUUAACAAAAUGCCAGCAAGUAAGAAAAACGACAAAAUGCCGAUAAGUGAAAAAAUUUACAUUUGGACAUAGGGUUUUUUAUUUUAUUUUUUGGUUAUUUUUUUUUGUUUUAGAGGAACUAAGACAAGUUAAUGACUCAAGAAUUUCCUGUUUUUAAAGCAAAUAAGAAGGAUCCGAUAAGAAUUUCAUGGCAUGGAAACGAGGAAUGUUUCAAUAAAAAUCAAAAAAUAAUUUUGGAUUCGAUUGGGAAUGGAGUGCUACAAUGGAAAAGAGACUCCCACACAUCAAAUUUCCCCUUAAAUCUUCGUUUUCAACCUUCCUUUGUGGCGUUUGAUGCAGACUGUUUUAUAAUAAAAAAUGGAAAUUCUAAUGAUAAUACACCUUCAACAUUUGCUUUUCUACAUUUUUAUUUUAUUUUUCCGAAGAAUUUUGAAGAAUACCGAAUUUCUGUCCGCCCUGAAAUUUCUGAAUGGUUUUCAGAUUUGACAGAAGCUAAUUGCCAAUCUUGGCUAAUUAUUUUUGAUUCUUCCCGUGUUAAAGAUAAGAAGAAUAGAAGUCAAAUAAAUGACAAAUUGAAGAAUGAUUUUGCAAAGUUUCAGAAUAGGUAG